CUCUUAUGUUGUGUUGAGCUCUGGAGUCAUUCAGUCGGGGCACAUUGUCGAAUCAAUGGCGGGCGUAUCUCUGAAGUGCGGGGACUGUGGGGCUCUCCUCAGGUCUGUCGAGGAAGCCCAAGAGCACGCCGAGCUCACCUCCCACUCCAACUUCGCCGAGUCCACCGAGCCUGUUCUCAACCUCGUCUGCUCUACUUGCGGCAAACCAUGCCGAUCCAAAACUGAAAGUGAUCUGCACACCAAAAGAACCGGGCACACUGAGUUUGCUGAUAAGACUGCGGAUGCAGCAAAGCCGAUUAGUUUGGAGGUUCCGAAGGUGGCUUCUUCGGAGUCUGAAGAUGUUGCUGCACCUAGCCAGACCGAAGAAAUGGUAGUUCCCGAGGUCGACAAAAAUUUGCUUCAGGAACUAGAAGGAAUGGGAUUUUCAAUAGAGCGGGCAACCCGUGCCCUUCACUAUUCUGGUAAUGCUAGCCUGGAGGCUGCAGUCAAUUGGGUAGUUGAACAUGAGAAUGAUAUGGACAUUGAUGAGAUGCCUAUGGUACCAGUCAACUCUAAAGUUGAGGCUCCAAAACCUUCUCUCACACCAGAGCAAUUGAAAGCCAAGCAACAUGAGCUUAGGGAGAAGGCACGGAAGAAAAAAGAAGAAGAAGAGAAGAGAAUGGAAAGAGAAAGAGAAAAGGAGAGGAUUCGAGUGGGCAAGGAACUCCUAGAAGCGAAGAGGAUAGAAGAAGAUAAUGAAAGAAAACGGAUUUUGGCCUUAAGGAAAGCUGAGAAAGAAGAAGAGAAAAGAGCCAGGGAGAGGAUUCGUCAAAAACUGGAAGAAGAUAAGGCAGAAAGGAGGAGGAAACUUGGUUUGCCACCAGAAGAUCCUUCAACUACAAAACCAUCUGCUCCGGUCGUAGAAGAGAAAAAGAUGUCAUUGCCAGUUAGGCCUGCUACUAAAGCAGAGCAAAUGAGAGAGUGUUUGCGAUCUCUCAAGCAGAACCAUAAGGAGGAUGACGCCAAAGUAAAGAGAGCAUUCCAGACUCUUCUAACUUUUGUAGGGAAUGUUGUGAAAAAUCCUGAUGAGGAGAAAUUCAGAAAAAUAAGACUCACUAACCAACCUUUCCAGGAUAGGGUUGGUUCAUUGACGGGAGGCAUUCAGUUUCUUGAGCUGUGUGGAUUUGAGAAAAUGGAAGGUGGUGAGUUCUUGUUUCUCGCCCGAGACAAGGUUGACAUGGCAGUACUCCAUUCAGCUGGGUCUGAGAUAGACUCUGCAAUAAAGAAUCCCUUCUUUGGUGUUUUGUAAGGAAAAGAUGUGCAUUAUACAUGUUGAGGUGAGGUUGAAUGCUUUGGUUUGUUGAUAACAGAAAUGUUUAAAAUUGGUUAAACUUUGAUGGCAUUCUUCCUGGCAACUUCACUCCAAACGGAUUGUUUAUUGUUUGAUGAUCUUUUGUUUUCCAGUUUUUAUGUUUAAUGAGGAUUGCCUCUCCCUAGGAUGAUGGGAGAUGGGAAGAAAGGUUUAUAUUUGGGAUCGUUUUCAUAGAAAUAAAAAGAUAGCCAUAUCGGAGAAAGAAAGAUGACCACCUAUUUUUAUUUUCUCCCAUAUGAAACAGGCCAAUGAGGUGUAAAUAAUAUUUGCAUUUUUCAUGGAAAUGUAACCGGUUGUGGUGGUUCGAAUUGACUUGAAUGAAAA